AUGGCGAGGGGUAGUAAAGACAAAUACAGUGACAAGCAAAAGCGACAGGCCGAACAUAUCUACGACUCCUACCGAGACCGGUAUGGCACAGAUGAGAAGCGCGCCGCUGGCAUAGCAUGGGCUACGGUCAACAAGUACUGGGGCGGCGGCAUGAAGGGCGGCUCCGGCAGUGAUCCCAAGGCUUCCAAGGUGAAGGAAGAGAAGCCUAAGACUCGAAGGCGAGUGAAGAAGGAACAAACCCCCUCCGACGAAGAAUAG